CAGGGUUGUGGCCACGCGCAGAGGCAGCGGUUGUUCCGCUUCCCCUCCGGCCCGGGCCGUCGCCAUUGCCGAAGGCUCCUGCCCUCCCCUCCCUGGCUCAAGGGGUUCUGCGCCUCACAGCCUCGGUAGCGACGGCCGCGCCCCGCGCCGCUCCUCUCCGCCCUGCCCUCCUCCCUCUCUGCUCCCCAGCAUAGUGCUCGCCCGCGUCGGCCCGGCAGCCCGCCCUGGGUCGGGCGGAGACCUUUCCUCUCUGGCCGUUUCCUAAUUCUGAAUCAUGUCUGAUAACGGGGAGCUAGAGGACAAGCCCCCAGCACCUCCAGUGCGGAUGAGCAGCACCAUUUUUAGCACUGGAGGAAAGGAUCCUUUAUCAGCCAAUCACAGUUUGAAGCCUUUGCCUUCUGUUCCAGAGGAAAAAAAACCCAGGAACAAAAUCAUCUCCAUAUUCUCAAGCACAGAAAAAGGAAGUAAAAAGAAAGAAAAAGAACGGCCAGAGAUUUCUCCGCCGUCUGAUUUUGAGCAUACCAUCCAUGUUGGCUUUGAUGCUGUUACGGGAGAGUUCACUGGCAUGCCAGAGCAGUGGGCGCGGCUGUUGCAGACCUCCAACAUUACCAAGCUGGAGCAGAAGAAGAACCCACAGGCUGUGCUGGAUGUCUUGAAGUUCUACGACUCCAACACUGUGAAGCAGAAGUACCUGAGCUUCACUCCUCCUGAGAAAGAUGGCUUUCCUUCUGGAACACCAGCACUGAACACCAAGGGGUCAGAGACAUCAGCUGUGGUGACAGAGGAAGACGAUGACGAUGAAGAUGCUGCUCCUCCCGUCAUUGCCCCUCGGCCAGAUCAUACAAAAUCAAUCUACACAAGGUCUGUCAUCGACCCUAUUCCUGCUCCAGUUGGUGACUCUAAUGUCGACAGUGGUGCCAAGUCUUCAGACAAACAGAAAAAGAAAGCCAAGAUGACCGAUGAAGAGAUUAUGGAGAAAUUAAGAACUAUUGUGAGCAUAGGUGACCCUAAGAAAAAAUACACAAGAUAUGAAAAAAUCGGGCAAGGGGCUUCUGGUACAGUUUUUACUGCAACUGAUGUGGCCCUGGGGCAAGAGGUUGCUAUCAAGCAGAUUAAUUUACAGAAACAACCAAAGAAGGAAUUGAUCAUUAAUGAAAUUCUGGUGAUGAAAGAGUUAAAGAAUCCCAACAUAGUUAACUUCUUGGACAGUUACCUGGUAGGAGACGAGUUGUUUGUGGUAAUGGAGUACCUUGCUGGUGGGUCCCUCACUGAUGUCGUGACAGAAACCUGCAUGGAUGAGGCGCAGAUCGCAGCUGUGUGCAGAGAGUGUUUACAGGCGCUGGAGUUUUUACAUGCUAACCAAGUGAUCCACAGAGACAUCAAAAGUGACAAUGUGCUUUUGGGAAUGGAAGGCUCGGUUAAACUCACUGAUUUUGGCUUCUGUGCCCAGAUCACCCCUGAACAGAGCAAACGCAGUACUAUGGUUGGAACGCCAUACUGGAUGGCACCGGAGGUAGUCACGCGGAAAGCCUAUGGCCCCAAAGUUGACAUAUGGUCUCUGGGCAUCAUGGCUAUUGAAAUGGUGGAAGGAGAGCCUCCAUACCUCAAUGAAAAUCCUUUACGGGCAUUAUACCUGAUAGCAACGAAUGGAACGCCUGAGCUCCAGAAUCCAGAAAAACUUUCCCCCAUAUUUCGGGAUUUCUUAAAUCGGUGUUUGGAAAUGGAUGUGGAGAAGAGGGGUUCAGCCAAAGAACUAUUACAGCAUCCUUUCCUGAAACUGGCCAAACCAUUAUCCAGCUUGACGCCUCUGAUCCUGGCAGCUAAAGAAGCAAUGAAGAGUAACCGCUAACGUCGUCAGCGAGCCUCGUGUUCCUUUAUCCAUUUUCUAAAGAAGUCUUUUAAUACAUGAAAUUGUUACUCUGAGGGGUGUAAAGAGACAGUCUGCAUCACAUGGAGAAAAGCAAGCAAACCAUUAUUUUCUAAAGAUGACCAAGAGAAAAUUGCAGUAAGAGAGUUACAACUUUGCAAUGAGCCCCUGCUUUAGGGUCCAAAAGGAGUUGUGGACUGCAUCACUAGCCUUAUAUUUCCCAGCAGACAGUGCUUGACGUUUGCAUACUGUUUUAAUGACUCUUAGUAGGGUAGAUCCUGCUCAGUGUCUCCUUUGGGUCUUUCCCAUACUUGAAUGUCAGAUUCGAGUUUUUCCUAGAUUGCAUCUGCUGGUCUUACCUCUCCUUUGUAACCUUCCCUUCCUCUAACCCAUUCCUUUCAAGUUGUCGCUUUGAGUUUUUCUUAUGCCUAAAUCCAAGAGAGAUGUGAUAAAAAUUAUGUAGUUCUUUAUAUUGGGAAAGGAGCUUGACAUGUUUUAACUUUUUAUAGAAGUUAGGACCAGCUGUUGUACGUGUAGUAUUUCAGUUAGAGCUUAAACUGAAGGGGAAAGAAAGUAUGUGAUUUUUACCUUUUUUAACAAAUGUGAAAGAGUCAGCUUUAGAAAUUUCAUGGUAGUGAGUUUGACAUUUGUUACAUGUAUAGAAAGAAGACUAAUAAUCUAUAUUUAUAGCUAAAUCAUUGAUGCAGAGAAAAAAAUCCCACUGACUGUAUGUUCUCACCAUUUUGUCUUCUUCUCUGCCUGUUUCUCCUCAUACUCGGCUUUAGGAACCAAAGUGAUCUGUGCUUGUUCACACAAGCUUUAUGGCUUUGGGGCCGCUGCCUCCCUGCACUUCCUUGGGAAUGGGUGUCUGUGUAUGUUCUGACUUAGGUGUCAGUUUUGAAUCAACCCUUAUUUCACAUAUUUCACCCCCUCUACCCUCUAGGGCAAGUAAUAACCAUUGAAUUUAAAAGUUAAAAGACUUCCUGUUUAAAAGGAAAAAAUAUUUGGGACUAGCAGAAACCAAGGAAGAUUUGAACCUUGGUAGGUUCUAGGCUAGUUGUAAUAAUGAAAUGUCAAUAUUGUAGAGGUGAAGCUUAUGGCAGUAAACUGUAAAGACUCAUCUAAUCUACAGUGUUCCCAGCCCGUUGUCAGUGUUUACUGUUCACGAGAGGUGAAGCUUGAUGGAUCAUCUGGGGUGUUGGGUACUUCGUUUUUCCAAUGAGUAGGGUAUUCAUUGUAAAACAAACAAACAAACUGGAGAAAGAACUGCAGUGUUCAUAUUGUUAGUAAUACUUUUUAUUUUAAAGAUUUAAUAAAAGGUCUGUGACCUGUAGUAUUAGCUGUUAGCUGCCCUUUCCCCCUCCUGUCUUCCCUUCUCUCUGCUUUGUUGCUUUGCCUGUGGAGGAGGUGUUACUGUCUGUUCUACGUUCCUGCCGCCAUAGAAAAGAAAUCUCUGUGGUUGAUUCAGGUUUGUCCCCACCAUCCCCUUUCAAAGAACUUGACACAUGCUUGCUGCUCUGCAGAGUACGAAUCAUGAAUGAAUCACGAAUGCUCUUCGGGGUAUUAGGGGAAGGGCAGGGCUUCAUCUCCUGUUGUUCCCAUUAAAAUACAGGGGUAAGAAGAGAUCACUGGGGGUUUUUGAUAACAAAGAUUUUCAGCGAAAGUCAACAUCCAGAGAACUUCCUGGCCUGUUUUCCAUGAGUUCUUUCUCCUAUGGACUAUAUUUUUCUACAACUGUCACUAAAUUACAGAGGCAAACUGGUCUGUUUGUGGUGGGACGCUGUGCUGCCUCAUGCGUUCUGGCUGUGUGCACUGUUUGUAAACAGCUGUCUGGGUGGAUUGUGGUGACAGUGCUGCCACACAGUAGAAAGCCAGCCACACAGUGGGACUGCUUGUCUCGGACUGCUCAAGGAGGUGCUCCAUCCUACGUCAGAGACAGCGCAGGGGACACGUGCCCCUGCCCCUCCUGUGCUGUGACUCCACAAGGGCUUUUAGGCAACAGAGCAGUCUGGGGUUUGUAUUUUCACUUUCUUGGAUGGUUAUCUGCGUGUCCAUUGCUGGCGACGGACUCUGUCACUCAAACCUGACUCCGAGGUUAAGGGAGCUGCACUGUGGUUUAUUCUCUCUGACCUGGAUAAACUAACCUGGAAUAGCUAAGAGAAAUGGCUAAUUUUGAGAUAUGUCAUUUUUAAACAAAAAUAAUCUUUAAAGCAAUAUAGAAUUGUGAUUUAUUAGUUAAUUUUAAAUUAAAAUGUUGAGAUCCUGUUGAAAGACAA